CCUCCCUGGCUAUACCCCUAUUGCCUUCUACAUGACUGCGACAUAUUCGCCAUGUUGCUUCGAUCAUCAAUGACCACUGCUACGAUCAUCGUACCGCCAUGACCUCCCGCACACCGCCUGACAUGACGCUCCACCAUCCGUCCCUUCGCAAAUCCAUACCGACCUCGACCUCAACUCUUUGGUCACGCGUAUUGGCUCCCUUUCGUAACCGCAACCGGGAUCAUGCUGCCAAACGCCACUCGCUCGCCCUCGGUGACCCCUCUGGGACAAAUGCUGUUAUGAUUGAUCGCGACUCGUUCGCAAUCGACUUGCAACCACCUGCUCGUCCGACAACGCCUUUAUCUUCUGCGAUACGAUCGCGCUCUGUCCCAAACACGCCGAAACGAAUUGGCCACGAACCCGAUGCGCCAACACCCGGUCCUCGCAAACACUUACUGCCACCACACCUACCUGAUGUGUCCCACGUCGGCGAACGUGAUUUUUGGCUCGCUGGUCCUGCGUUGCUGCCUGCUCGCAAACUCUCUGAUUGUGACCGCGCCCGCAAUACAACCUCGGCCCGAUCCUCGACAUCUAUCUCGGCAUGUUCUGCUCAUCGCAUGGGUACUGCACCUUUGCCUUCUUCUCCCCGCUUCCUGCCUCUGGUGGUUCCGAACGAACCUGUUGCGGCCACUCUUUCCCAAUCACCUGGUCCACGAUCACGUAAAUCCGACUCGCGCCCGGUAUCCUCUCGCCGCUCACGAACCGGUCGGAAACCACUGCAACCUCGACGGUCCGCCAAUGAUUUGCGAUGCGCUCAAUCGCCAUCUGGUCUUUUCAAUCUGGACGCCCUGCUUGGCCUUCGAACGACUCGUCACGCUCGUGUCGAUGACACUGCCAUUGCUGUCCCUCCUCGACCAUCCUCUUUCACGCCCGGACCGCGGCCCUCGACGGCUCCUGCACCGACUUCGUACGACGCCUGGGAUGACUAUCUAUACUUGGUUUCUGAUGCGGAUCUCGACAUUCGCUCACCUAUCCCUCUUCCCCCAUCCACCUCACGUCCACCCCCAACAACUGCUCCCACAUUCCUGUCUCUCUCGCCGCAUGUGCGAUCCCGCCUCCACUCUCGCCGACCCCAUCCCCUUCGCACCUCCUCCUCCCCCGCUCUUCCUGACCCUUGCCUCCCUUCCUCCCUUGCACCACAACAGCAACGCAAAGAAGCCGUCGCAGCCGCGGAGCGCGCACGGAUAGAGGAGGAGCUCAAGGCCAAUGGUGGUAAAGUAGAUGAAGCCGCUCUGGAGCGGCAGGGUCUAACCGAUGCAUGCGAGUCGCUCAAUGUCGACAUGUACGAGAUCACCCCCGAUGGACACUGCCUCUACUCGGCUAUUGCAGAUCAGCUCAACCUCCUCGGUAGAGGAGCUGCUGCUGGUGGAGGAGGUGGUGGAGCGGCUCAUGAGAAUUACAAGACGACGAGGGCGAUGACGGCUCGGUGGAUGAGGGGUCACGAGGAUGACUUCAAGCCCUUUAUCAGCGAUAACGAUGAGAGGAUGGCGGGUGUGGCAAGUCCAGGAGGUGCAGAUGUGGUCAAGGGGGGAGACCCCUACCAAGCCUACUGCGACGCCGUGGAGCGCACCGCCGUCUGGGGUGGCCAACCCGAAAUCCUGGCAAUGUCCCGUGCCUACCGUACUCCCAUUUGGGUAGUCCAAGCCGGUUCUCCCAUUGUAAAAGUUGGACAAGAUGAAUUCCCUCUAGAGGGGAGACCAUUGAUGAUUAGUUAUCAUAGAAAGAUGUAUGGAUUGGGAGAACAUUAUAACUCCUUGAGAGGACGGGGAAAGGGUGCGGCGGGUGGGGGAAUGGGAGUGGGAGUGGGAGCAUUGUUGGGUUGAAUCGAAUGGGAGGAGAGAGGGAGGUAGAGAAGGAGUGGCAAGACAAAGGCAUCAGAGGAGUAUCAGAUAUUGCGAUUAGAAGGGCACGAUACAGCUUCACAACGCUUCACAAAGCCAUCGCCAUUGCCAUUGCCAUUGAAAGUAAAUACUAUUCCCCUCUAGAAAAAGCAAUUCUCUCCCUCCAUCUCUCACC